AUGGAAGAGACAAUACGGGCCCUACAAGCGGGUGAUGCUUGUCCCGACGCAUGCUACGGCGACUGCAGCCUAUUCCCGACUAUGCGACUGCCCCCAAAGUUCAAGAUCCCAGAGUUCAAGACUUAUGAGGGCACGACGGAUCCGCGCCACCAUCUCCGCCACUACCGGGGAAAGAUACUGCAAUACUGGGAGUACGAGGAGUUUGUCAUUCACUCCUUCCAAGAUAGCCUGUCGAGAUCGGCCCUCGAUUGGUUGAUGUCACUGACGGCCGAAGACAUUCCGACGUGGGAAGACCUAUCUCGGAAGUUCACCGAUCAAUAUCGAUACUGCGCGGAAGCACCUCCCACCCUCCUGGAGUUAAGCACCAAAGAGAUGGCGAGAGGCCAGAGGUUCGAGGAAUACGCCACCAAAUGGCGCAGCCAAGCGGCGAAGCACAUCCCCCCGAUUAGCGAAGCACAACAGAUUCAGCUGUUCCACUCUACGCUGAGAGGGCUUCCUCCUUCGCCCCACACGCGCCUCAAUAUCGGCCUCAACCCCCUACCCAACCGAUCUACUAUUCCACGCCGCCGCCUCCACCCCUAUCUACGGCGCCGUCACCAGUCGUCCACCAUUAUGCUCCUACUCUGUCCUAAGCCCCUCAAUACCAACCCCCAGCUCCUAAAGCCUCUCAGCCGACGCAACGAGUCCUGCCCCCGCAAAGUCAACAGGGCGGUGCAGCACCAUCGCGACCCCGCCGACAAUACCCGACCCUACCGGUUCCGCCUUCCCACAUCUACCGGCAAAUUCGCGAGAAGGUCGGAACAAUAG